GGCCAUUCGUCACUUCCGCCCAGGCCGGAAUCCAAGAUGGCUGCGCUGUUGCUGAGACAUACAGGCCGUCAUUGCCUCCGAGCCUACAUUAAUCCUCAGCUCUGUUUCAGAAAUGCUAUUCCUAUGGGAACAACAGCCAAAGAAGAAAUGGAACGGUUCUGGAAUAAGAACACAACUUUAAAUCGUCCUCUGUCUCCCCAUAUCACUAUCUACAGGUGGUCUCUUCCCAUGGUGAUGUCUGUUUUCCACCGUGGCACUGGUAUAGCCAUGAGUGGAGUGAUCUCUCUUGUUGGCUUGUCAUCAUUGGUGCUGCCUUGGAACUUUGAGACUUAUUUGGAAUUUUUGAAGUCUCUGAAUCUGGGGCCAACAUUGAUCUAUACAGCUAAGUUUGUACUUGCUUUGCCUCUCUCAUAUCACAUGUGGAAUGGGAUUCGACAUUUGACAUGGGACCUAGGAAAGGGCCUGAAGAUUCCCCAGCUCUACCAGUCUGGAGCAGCUGUCUUGGUUCUUACUGUGUUGUGCUCUCUAGGGCUGGCAGCCAUGUGAAGAUCUGAAGUUCCCAUCAUUGUCUUCCUGAAAAUUAUUAUACCAAUUUAUCUUCCUGUUUGUCACUCACCUCCUGCCAAUAAAGGUCUUCUGACUUGUUUAGUUCUUUUGCAAAUUCCCUUUAGGCUUGGUAGAGUAGAAAAGGUGCAAUUUCCCUUCAUUUCUAACAGUAGCUGUAAAAAUUCUCUUUUCCUGCCCACAGCUUAUAGCCUACACUAGGCCUAGGAACCAUUUUUCCCUCUCUAUAUUGGGCUCUAAUUUGUGCUGAGAGUCAGCUUUUAGUUUCUUCUUCCUGAGACAGUGGAAACAAUGCCAUCUCUGUGGCUGCCUGGGGACUGGGGGAAAGGCUUUGGGUGCCACUGCCUGUGGGUUGCUUGUUUAAAGGACAGUUCUGCUCAUUGGCCAGAGUCCAAGGCCUUUAGCACCCACAUAGUGUAAUUGAAAGAAGGGAGAUGGGGGUGGAGGGGAAUUAUCCUGGCCCACCUAGAGCAAGAUAAAGAGUUGUUACUUAGAGCUGAGGCUUUGGAAAAAAGACAUAUAAGUUUGAUGCAAGAAGACCCAGAAAUUACUCUUGCCUUUUUGUUUUCUAUUUCUGGAAAAAUAAAACUCCUGGUGUCAUGUUUUCUAAUCCAAAUUCAUGUACCAACUUUUUCUAAAACUUCAAUUAAAGAACUAAUUUUA